UUAUUACGUCAAGAGCGACAACAGCCACGUGCACAGUUUGAAAUUGUAACAUUGCUUCGGUCGCCGUUACUCAUCAACCGCGAUAAAAUGCAACGCCGCGUCUCCAUUUGUUGUCGCUGACCAUCGCUGGUGGAAGCGAUAAGCUGCCAGCACACUCAGGAGAGCUGUCUCAGUUUUUAUUUUCAUUCGAAACCGACUACCGUAGCUGGUAGCUCUAGAAAGAAAAUUACGAAAUGGCGGUUGAAAUCAACUUGAAGACAGUGAUAGUGCUUACAGUGUUUUCAGCGGUAAAAUCAACUAUUCUAAAAGAUGGCCACCUUUCAACGCCUAAUGUAACUGGCAGUAUGAAAGGAUUUCAUGACCUUUCCCGGCGUGUGACGUAUCCAGAGAAAAUAUGGCGUGGCGGUGAGGAAACAUUUAUUCAUAACGGCUACAGAAGCGAUCCGGAGACAAGAAGUUUGACGAAACGUUCGGAAGUCGUAAAUUGCCCUGUGGACUAUACGAGAGACAGCAUCUACAACAAUUGUAUACUACCCUGUUCACAACAUAACUGUAUUAACGGAAAGUGCGAUGGUCGCACCGAAUGCAAGUGUAACGACGGAUACGUCAAGUCCCGAACCAAUAGCUUCAUCUGCCAUCAAAAGUGCAGACCCUGCCUGCCUGGGGAAUGCACCAAGUCGCAACUCUGUACCUGUGACAAAGGUUACAGGUUGAGUUCGAACCAACAAACUUGCGAACCGAUAUGUAAUGAUCCACACUGCGAUGGAAAAAUUUGCGUCAGUCCGGAUCGCUGCUACAGGAGUUCGACCUACUACAAAUUUUUAUUCGGUCAGUAUUGCAGUAGGGAGUGUGGGUUUGGCGAAUGCGUUGGUCUUAAUACCUGCGAAUGCUUCAACGGCUACAAUAAGACGAAAGAUGGUCGGUGUUCCGAUCCGAUUUGUAACGAGGGGUGUGGACAUGGUAAAUGCGUUGGUCCUAAUACCUGCGAAUGCUUCAAAGGCUACAAUAAGACGAAAGAUGGUCGGUGUUUCAAUCGGAUUUGUAACAAAGUGUGUGGAUUUGGCAAAUGCGUUGGUCCUAAUACCUGCGAAUGCUUCAAAGGCUACAAUAAGACGAAAGAUGGUCGGUGUUCCGAUCCGAUUUGUAACGAGUGGUGUGGACAUGGCAAAUGCGUUGGUCCUAAUACCUGCGAAUGCUUCAGCAGCUACAAUAAGACGAAAGAUGGUCGACACACAUAUCGAAUCUACAAAGAGUGCAAAUUUUCAUCAUGUACCGGUCCAGAUAUCUGUACUUGUCAUCCGGGGGACGAAAAGCCCUUUGAGAAUUCGACAACGUGCGUUCCUCGCUGUACAAGAUGUCACAACGGUACUUGCGUUGGCCCUGAGAUUUGCCGUUGCCAUGGUGGAUUUGUAAAUCCCAACGGUAAUAAUGGAACCUGCGUCAAACGCAAGUCGAAGAGUAACCAUGACGUGUGUCCUGACAGUGGAUGCGAUUGCUGUCCUGGCUGGAAGGGGGAACCCCGCAACGCGUCACAUUGGUGUGCUAUCACGAAUCGUCAGAACUCUACAUACACAGCAAGUGAGCGGAAGGAUUCGAUAAGAACUAACAAUACAAUCGAUUGUCAUCGAAUCAUGUGGGACGGACCAAUUUGUAAACAGGAAUGUUCCGACCAACUCGAUAAUACCAGUAUCAACUUCACCGGUUGUUUCACGGACAUGGGUCACCGUCUCAUAGAGAUCGACUCACUGUGCAAUCGUUCCGUUGAGAAGACUUUCUUGGAAAAAAACAGAAUCUUGCUGAUCGGAACUGGGAUAGCAAUUCUAUUGAUCGCAGUUUUCAUCUGCAUUAUUGUUGCAGUAAAAAGAAGAGCCGAAACAACGGACAAAAUAUACAGUGAACCGGCAGAAUACGUAUCCAACAACUAUAUGGUAGAAAAUGACAUUUAUUCGCAAAGUUCGACUGUGUGAUUUGAAGUUUACCAACUCAUGCGUUGAAAAAUAUUGCAUACUCUUUGUAUAUAUUAUGUUAACUGUAUAUCUGUAAAUAUUCAAUUAUCAUUUGUAUUCUAAGGCCCAAGAUCGUAAGAUAGUUGACACGUGAAUAGAUCAAGUUUGCUCACAGAAUAAUGACGACACGUUCAGUGAUCGAUUUAAAUACCUACCCUGAUGAAUCUCAUUGACUGCAAAAAAUUCCAUUGCCGCAUAUUUUGGUCAACAAGAUUAUACGGGAACCGGAGUCGUCAAUAAAAUCUGCGCUGAAAGUUAAGGUAAAAUCUUGUAAGUUUCAGUCCAUGUGUGGUAUUUUCAUACGUAGAAAAUAAUAACCCGUACUUGCUACGAUGUCGUUCUUUGGCGAAAUAUUUCUUUUCGUUGCAAUUAAAUAAUUCAAUUAAAUUUUUUCACUCUGUGUCUGAGAAAAAUAUUGAAGGACAGUUAUUUCAAACCUUACUUGUGUAAUGAUAAGGAAUUUGGUGGUUGCUUAACCGUGAUAUGGUCAUGACGCAGAACGUAACAUUCGCGUCCGAUGACGAUGGCUAAAGUCCGUAGUUUACCACUAACUUUUCACUUC